AUGGCAGACCAAGCUAAAGACGCGACACCGAUUGCCGACAAGCUUUCUUCUUUUGCUCAUGAUGAGCAUGUUGAUGAUGAUGCACCAAAAUUUGAGGCUCUUGAUAUCAGCUAUGAUAAUAAUGGUAUCAAGGGUAUCCUGAACUCCCCUUUUGUCUUCGGCGCAGCCCUGUUAGCUUCAUUCGGGGGCUUCUCUUUUGGAUAUGACCAGGGAGUUAUUUCCUUGAUCUUGGUUAUGCCACAAUUUACCGAUCAAUUCCCUGAAGUAGCUUCAAGUUCACCACAUUCAGGGUUCAACAAAGGCCUUUUAACUGGAAUAUUAGAGCUGGGAGCCUUCAUUGGCUGUAUAGCCUUCCCUUGCUUGGCAGACAGGAUAUCCAGAAAAUGGGCUAUCAGUAUCGCUACAGGAUUCUUUUGUGUUGGCGCCAUUAUGCAAACCGCAUCUCAGACAUACGACACCCUUGUUGCUGAAAUCGCACCUCCUAACUUGAGAGGUUCCUUGAUGGUUCUCGAAUCAGUUAGUAUUGUCAUUGGUGCCAUUGUGGCUUAUUGGAUUACCUAUGGUACAAGGGCUAUAAAUGGCGAUUGGGCCUUCCGAUUACCCUUCCUCCUUCAAAUGAUACCAGCUCUUACUGUUGGCUGCGGCAUUCACUUCUUCCCAUUCUCACCCCGUUGGUUAGCCCUCCGCGAUCGAAAUGAAGAGAGUCUCGAGAGUCUAGCUCGGCUGCGACGACUUCCUGCAACUGAUGAAACCGUCCAGGUAGAGUGGAAGGGUAUUAUAGCUGAGGAUCGAUUCCAGAAAGAGAUCCUUAUACAGGAGCACCCAGAUACCGGACCUAUAAUGAUGGAAGUGAAGCAAUGGCUUGAUCUGUUCCGUUCAAAAUAUCUAAAGCGAACAAUUGUCGCUACUGCAAUCCCAUUCUUCCAGCAGUUCUCUGGAAUAAAUGCCUUCGUUUACUACGCCCCUACAUUCUUCUCCAGUCUAGGUCAGACCUAUAAUAAAUCACUCAUCCUAUCGGGAAUGAUUAAUAUUUGCCAAUUGAUUGGCAAUAUUCCAAUCCUCCUAUACUUUGACCAGAUCGGUAGACGGAGAAUUGCCAUCUUCGGCGCCUUCUUGAUGGCUAUCCCUCAUCUAAUUAUGGCCGGAAUUUAUCGCAAAUUUAGCUCAAGCUGGCAGACUCAUCAAGGCGUUGGGUGGUUUGGUGUUGCUUUGAUCUAUGUCUAUGUCCUUGCAUACGCACUCUCAUAUGGACCCCUAGGAUGGGUUCUACCAGCCGAAGUCUUCCCAAGCUCGAAGAGAGCUAAAGGUGUUGGUCUCGCGGUAGCUGUGAACUGGCUUGCUAAUUUCAUUAUCGGGGUAGUGGUUCCGCAGAUGCUUGAAUCAAUUGGAUGGGGUACAUUUCUAUUCUUCGGACUUUUCUGUGUCGCUGCUGGAAUUUUCUCGUUUCUGUUUGUGCCGGAGACUGCGAAUCGGUCUUUAGAGCAGAUCGCGGCUAUUUUUGGGGAUGAUCUUAAUGCAGAGGAAGAUGGACUUCGUCUGAGGAUUCAGAUGGAGGUUUGGGCGGAGACUAACACUCAGCAUCAAGUUUGA